AGUGGCUGAGAGUGAAUGGUCGGCUCCGAGAGAGCCGAGUUCCCGUUUCUCUUGUCGCGCGGUGUCGGCCUCCUCGCCGCGCGAACGCCUCGUCAUCGGCUGGAGGAGGUGAAGGAGGUGGAGGAGGAAGAGGACGGAGACACGCGACAUGCUCGUUCCGCAAAAGGGUUAGAGGCUAUGGUGUUUUUCGAGUGCCGCGCCGCGUAACAGUAAUGCUCGAGUGAGAGAACGUGGCCUGCGAGAUUUACAUACGUCGCUGUUCCUCGCGGACGUUUCUCGUCGCCGCGCUUCAUCUCCGCCGCGGGAGGUCAAGUUCGCGCGAAUUCGCCGCCGAAGGACCCGGCGGCCGGUCGAUAUCGCCAGCGACGGGCAAACCGCCGGAAAAGACGACGGUCGCGCGGAGUCGCGCGACAGAGGGAAAGAGAGUGAGAGAGGGAGGAGAGGAGAGAGAGGCAGCCGGGAAAGCCACGCGGGAGAGACGCACACUGCUGCGGCUCGGAGUCGACGGCGCGUGCUGCCGAAAUCGCGCAGCGUCUCUUCGUCGUUUCGUGCUCAUCGCAAGCCGCGCGACCUAACCUCCUCCGCGUGCGCCGCGCUACGUGUGCGAAUCGAGCGCGAGUGCGAGAGAAUCGAUCGAUCGGCGGCGCGACGGGCCAGCCCGAAGCGACCGGUAUAUCAUUCUUGCAGUGAUUCGUGCUGAGAUAACGCGCCGCGGCGAACUUCCUGUCGUGCCGUUUUCUUGUAUUAUCAAACUGCCGGGAGUCCUGCCACCGCGCCGGUUGUCUAGAAGAAGAGAGAGAGAGAAAGAGAGAGAGGGAGAGAGAGAGAGAGAGAGAGCGCGAGGGAGGAAGGGAGGGAGGGAGAGUUACGCGCCUUCGCGACACACGAGAUAAGAGAGACGAGCGAGAUCGAUUUAUGAAUUGACGACGACGACGACGCUGCCGCCGCCGCCGCCGCCGCCGCCGCCGCUGUCGUGGAGGAUUCGUGGGUAGGAUUCGCGAUCACGCUCCGGAAUUAAGGUUCCCCGAUGGAGAGUUCCGGCGGCGAUAAGCAGAACGAAUCGGACGAGUGCGACGUGAGCAACGACAACAGGAAGCGGGAGGACGACACGACCGGGCAGAAGAAUGUGGAGCGGAAAAUGAAAGCGGAGGACGAGCGGGAGACCCCACGGAGGAAGAGCGCGAACCUGGACAAGCUGGAGAUCAGCGCGGACGGCAAGAUGAAGGAGCUAAAAACGUUGUCAUCGUCGGCCGACGACGAUGAGGUUGACGAGGAGGACGAGAAGAGCAAGGCGUCCGUAGGUGACGAGGAGGAGCGCAAGGACGAGACGAGGAGCGGCGGCAAGAAAGAGGAGGAGUCGUCCAGCGACUCCACGUCCACCAGCACCUCCGACGACGAGUCGGAGACGAGCUCGGAAGACAAGACCGAGCCGUCUAAGCCGACGGAGAAUACGACGACCACGACGACGACGACGACAGCGCAGGCGGAGAAGACCAAGGAUGAGUCGAAAGAGUGCAAAAAUGAGGACACCACGGACGACAGCGAUAUCGAGGACGACCUGGUCUCGGCGAUCAACUACAACACUAUCACCUCCCUGGCGGCGCUCAAGGACAUGCUGCAGUCCUCCGGGGAGGACUCGGACGGCGUCGACAGUUUCUUCCAGCACUACUUCCUGUCGCACGUCAACAGAUUGCCGUCGCGGAACCAGACACACAGUCCGUAUCCUUGGGGCAGGAGACUGUCGGAGUGCCGGGAAGAGGACGAAUACGAGACCGAGGAAGGGAAAAAUACCGACAACUCGAGCGUCGACAACAAGAGGGACGUGACGAAGACGUCGCAAGCCGAGAAGGCUGACAGCGUCUCCUCCAAGACGUCGAAAGCCUCGAGCCCGUCGCCUUCGGAGAAUUCCAGCUCGGAGAAGAUCGAUGAGAAGUCCAUGGUGACGUCCAGCGUCUCGGAAGCGAAACCACCAUCGCCGUUGUCAACCACGUCGACGGCGGCGACAACAACAACAACGACGAUGACGACGACGACGACGACGAUGACGACGACGACGACGACGAUGAUGACGACGACGACGACGACGACGACGACGACGACGUCGUCGUCGUUGUCGUCGUCGUCGUCGUCGAUGACAACCAGCACGACUUCGGUCGCGACGACGACGGUCGCGACGUCCGCGUCAACGGCUACGUCCUCCGGCAGGUUCACCACGUCGACGGUGACGUCGCCAACCUCCGCGACGAAGCCACCUCUGAGGAGGCGGCACACCACCGGCCCGGGCAUGACCUUCCCCGCUACCGAUCCUCCCACGUACUCCACCAGCAUGACCUUCUCGAGAACCAGCCCGCUGCCGAGUCCUCAUCUUGAUAAGAGAUUCUUCGACAGUAGUCUGAUCGAGAUGAAGAGCCAAGCGAGCAGCAGCAGCACUCUGGAUUACGACUCCACGGAGGAGGUGUGGGUGCGCAGGAUCGACUUUGUGCAAGAGCGGAAACGUCGGGAACUGGGUUCGCAACCGCUCCCGACGAUUGUCACCGAGGACACGGACAGCUCGAGCCAUGGUUCUCAAGGACACAGGCCUCGGGCAGAUACAUGGGGUUCACACUCCAAGUCGAUCAGGAAAUCGUCCUACGGAAGCGCCCCAAGUUCUGGAAAAUCGACGCCUCUGCCGCAGCCGGCGGAACCGUCGAGCUCGUCGAGUUCCGGCAAGGGCGGCCGAAAGGCUUCCGGCACUCGAUCCGGCUCGACCAGUCGCAGUAACAGUCGUAGUAAUAGCGCGGAACGCAGGAGAAGCGGCGGUGGUGCCGAUGACACCGCCAGCCCCACUAGGAAACCGGCGCUCUUUGAUGCUUUCAGACCGAGGAGCAAGUCGGACGCUAGCAAGAGGAAACCCAGUAUUAUAGCUAAUAUGAAAAGUGCCGUUCAGCAUUCCUUGCACAGAGGAUCGCACGGGAGCUCGUCGGUGGAUGUACAUAUAGAAAAGGAGCAUCACAAGGAGAGCCAGAAGGAGCAAAGAGACAGUAAGGAUUACCAGAGCGGCCGGCCCAGAGCUGGCUCCGAGAGCAGCAGGAAUCCUGUGAGCAAAGUCAUGGAUCUCAUUAGGCACAGGAGUCACAGUGCCUUGAGCGCGGAGGACAAGCGAAAAGCGAGAGCGGCGGUGCAGCAUCAGGCACAAGCGGCGCCACAAAGUGCAAUCAGGAGGAGUUCGUUGGAUCCCACGGCUCGAAGAUUAUCCCUCGGAGCACCCGCGAUACCUCACCGAGCGUCGGACGCUUGCCUGGAUCCAGUUCACGCUGCCAUACUCUUCAGGGAUGCACGCGGUCUGCCGGUGGUGGAUCCCUUCCUGGAGAAAGUCUCGCUUUCCGAUCUCGAGGAGGACGAGUCGCAGAUCUUCGUUAAGUUUUUCAAGUUUCACAAAUGCUACGACCUAAUACCAACCAGCGCGAAAUUAGUCGUCUUCGACACGCACCUACUAGUUAAAAAGGCCUUCUUCGCUCUCGUCUACAAUGGUGUGAGAGCCGCGCCGUUAUGGGACAGUUCUCGGCAGCAGUUUGUGGGCAUGUUAACCAUAACGGAUUUCAUAAAGAUACUUCAGAUGUAUUACACCAGUCCGUCGGUGACAAUGGACGAGUUGGAGGAGCACGAGCUGGAUACAUGGAGAAAGGUUCUGAAGGAUCAAGUUCGCCCUCUUGUGAGCAUCGGGCCGGACGCGUCGCUGUACGAGGCCAUCAGGACCUUGAUACAAAACAGAAUCCACCGAUUGCCUGUGAUAGAUCCCGAUACCGGAAACGUCCUUUAUAUCUUGACACAUAAACGAAUACUUAGGUUCCUUUUCCUAUAUAUCCACGAGUUACCAAAACCAUCUUUCACCAAUAAAACGUUGAGGGAGCUGAGGAUAGGCACUUUCGAGAACAUAGAGACAGCUACGGAGGAAACUAGCAUAAUUUUAGCGCUCAAGAAAUUCGUAGAGAGGAGAGUCUCGGCGUUGCCGAUUGUCGACACCGACGGCAAGCUAGUGAACAUUUAUUCGAAGUUUGACGUUAUUAAUUUAGCCGCGGAAAAAACUUACAAUAAUCUAGACGUUUCAUUGCGCGAGGCGAACGAACACCGCAAUGAAUGGUUCGAAGGCGUCCAGAGUUGCAAGCUAGACGAGACACUGUUCGCUAUAAUGGAAAGGAUCGUCAGAGCGGAGGUCCAUAGGCUAGUAGUGAUCGACGAUGAUGACAAAGUGAUCGGUAUAAUAUCCCUCUCUGAUCUGCUCUUCUACCUCGUUCUUAGGCCUUGUGGUGAAGACGGCAGUAGCAAUAAAGGUAGCUCUAUAUCGUUACGGGCACAGGAUCCCACGCUGUCCAAGGCGCCGAGCUCCGCGCAGUCGGAAGCGUCGCUCACCGGCGACGGUGAGACCGAGCAGGACGCCGCGGCGGCGGAGGGCAAUCGGUCCGAGGAGGCGCCCGCGACACCUAGUCCGCCGCUGAGCCCCGCCGCGCUGGAUAUCUCGGAACCUCCGCAGUCGACGUUAGUCAGCCAAAGCACUCAGGAACCAACGUGGCGGGAAGUGACCGUGUCGGGCGGCGAAUGAGAUUCCGCGGCAUUCACGUGCCAGCAGGUGCGCGUUGUCUCACCACUGAAGAAGAGGGACCGGCGGCGCUGUUGCUUCUUCAGCCGCGGUGUGCCGAGUCGCCAACACCAGCGCCUGACAAAUAGAGCAUAACUACCGCGUAUUUCUACACCCUCCCUCCCCCCCACUCACCCCAGUCUCCAUGCCCUGUGCCCUUGUUGUUACAUCGCCCUCGCGCACUCUUUUCCCCGCGAGACUAAGACCGCGGAGUCGAUCGCGCGACCACAAUAGUGGUCGACUACUGACCGUCGUACGAUGAGCGGAGAAGGAGAGAAAGAAACGCGCGCGACGCUGUAUAGUGUAUAAAAUCGUUUAAGCUUAAUUUUUUAUGGUACAAAUGCUACUUCGGCAUAGACGUUCGAGCUUUUCACCAGGGAAACAGUAGUUGCGCUAUUGUUUGCUCAGAAUAACGAUUUCCCCCGCGCCCUUCUACAAUCGAGCACCGGAAAGAGGAAGAAAGAGAGAGAGAGAGAGUGUGUGUAUAUGUGUGUAUAUGUGUGUGUUAGAGAGAGAGAGAGAGAGAGAGAGAGAGAGAGAGAGAGAGAGAGAGAGAGAGAGAGAGAGAGAGAGAGAGAGAGAGAGAGAGAGAGAGAUGGAUGACGACUCUCUCUCUCGUACGGAGCGAGAGUUUCGCACGAGCUCGCUGAAAGAUGCCAAAUCUCGUUGACGUCGCGUCAAGUCCCGUCUUGAUUACGGCAAUCUUGUUUAUACGGAUUACGUUUUGCGGAGAAUCGUAAAUGCUCGGUUCGAGUCUCAAGUAACCGAUUAUAAAUCGUGUCAAGAUUAUUAGGAAAGGAGAAGGAUAAGAAAAAAAACACGACCGUCGGCGGAGCUGUACCGCGCAGCGAGCGUUGCACGAGCGGACUCGCGACUUUGUCGCAAGAGGCCUCUCUCUCGCGUUUCCUCGGGCCGUGGUACACACGCGCCGUCGAUUUGAUUGUCGACCCCCUCUUUUGUAUAUACUCAUUUGUGACAACCCGUUCUUGUGCCGCUAAUUUCUACCGUUAGUGAUUCGUUAGAGAGAGGGAGAGCGAGAAAGAUAUUUAACCGUUAAUUGCCGACGCAUAGUUGCGCACAAUGCGCAGAUCAUUUUAACCGUAUCUCAUACUUGCGAGUAAACACACGGUGCUUUCUUAAGUUCUCAGAAUAUGAUUUCGAUGAAUUAUGUAGAAAAAUGACAGAGCUGUACGUUGUUGCUGUGUAUCAUCGUUGAAACGCAGAGACGGUCUUCGAGAGGACGUCGGUCUCUUUGUGUCCCUUUUUUCUUUUUCGAAGAAUUUCACUUUUACCGAUGUGUUAUCGUCGAGGUCGACGCAAGUUAGCCGGAGGUCGGAACUAUUGUUCCGCGCGAAGGAAGGAAACGACGAAAGAGAGUCUUUUAUCUCCUGUACCGAAGUCGAACGUAUUGUGUCACGUGAAACCUGUUGUGGAAUGUAAACAGCAAAAUAGAGAACUCGAAUAUUGACGGAAUGCAAACGAAAAAGCUGAGAGAUGCGUGUGAGUGAGAUUUUCUUUUCUCCAUUAUAUUCCCUGAGUCGAACCACUGGAAGGAAUUUCGUCGGUACUGUAUAAUAUGGCGGCGCGUCUGUCGACGAACGACAGACCUGAAGAAGCAAACACGACGAAGUGUAGUGCAGAUGUAUGAGGAUGAUACUCGGAUGAUUUAAUGUGAUAUUCGACCAAAUUCGGCGCACUGUGUAAUCGACGAUACGGCUGACAUGUCAUUCGAAUGAUCGCGAGGCAAGGUUUUGUAAUUAGAACGCGAGCAAUUUUGCAUAGGAGGUAUGUCUUUGAUGGUUGAGUUGAGUUGUCGAGGAAACGCGUUCUCCGAUCGAUUGUUUUACCCACCGGCGGUGCGCGAUGUACGCGCGCAUCGUCGGUCUUGCACUUUUUAUCGACGUGUGUCGAGCCGUUGUCUGGUUUUCUUUUUCUUAUAAAAGAACGAAAAGGUGACGAGUCGCGCCGAGCGGCGAACGAAGCUGUGUGUACUACAGAGAUGUAUUGUGUAACUAUUGUACUUGUGUCAUAUCGCGAGGGGAGGAUGCGAAUUGUAAAGGAUGCAGGCAGGAACAUUCGCCGUGGUUUUUAUACGAUGUUGCUUUUUGCAUCAGAAGCGUUUUCGCAGAGAGAGAGAGAGAUAUCUUCUCAGAGGCGUCUCUAGCGGGAAGACAUCGCUGUCAAGUGUCCGCGCCAGGUCGAUCCGGCGGAUUGCAUCGCGACAAUUCGCGGAACGAAAGGACACCUCUCCGAGGGGAUUCCUCGACUCGCGCGCGCGACACAGUUUUUCCGGAGGAACUUCGUUUCGUACAUUCACACGAACUCACACGACCCCACGCUCGACACACAGAGCUUUCGCCCUUUUGCUCUCCUUCGUUUUCCUUUCCUCCUCGUUUGAUGUAGAAAACGCGGGUGAUGGUAGAUUACUCGAUUUUCAAGAGGAUAGUGCCUGUAAAUGUAGUAAAUAUGUAUUCCCUAGAUACCGUUCGACGGAAUACGCGUAAAUAUUCUAUUCGAGAUGUAAGCGCAGUCUCGCGAGACAAGAUACGAAGCCAGACAUUAGUAUUAAAUCGACGACGACGAUCGAGGAGGAGCGUAGGUGGAGAUGGAGAUUUUUGUACAGCCGAGGAAUACUAUUUAAUGUGCCGCUGUAGAGAGAGAGAGAGAGAGAGAGAGAGAGAGAGAGAGAGAGAGAGAGAGAGAGAGAGAGAGAGAGAGAGAGAGAGAGCCGCAGAGCAUCGUUUCGUUUCCUUCUUCCCUUCUGUUUGUCUCUUUCUUUCCUCCUUUAGUACAAAGUGCGAUGCAACCUCGCGCGAAGUUGUCACGCAAGCACCUUCUAUAAUUCUUGAGAACGCUAAAGGAUUACACACACUGUAGCCUAUAACGCGGCAGCGCGUACAACCAAUGCCCUUGGCGCACUUGGCGCCUCGACACGACUUGUUACUUGUUGUUGAGAGCACACAGUAGAGAAGAAGAUAUCGUUGGCGAAAGACACUUGGCUCUUCUUCGUCCGACGCGAAUAACAGGCGACAGGAGAAUUAAACGAUUGAACUCGGUGCGCGCUGCAUCUACGAACCAAGAUACAAGCUAUCGAUGAGAUAUUAAUGAUAAAUAAACUGUACAAUGAAUGAUCAA